UAAAGCUUUGGUGGGUUCCUCAGCUGUCCCGUGGAGGAUCAUCUCUCUCUCUCUCACACACACACACACACACACACACUCGCUCUCUCUACAGCAGCACCAUGAGUGAUCUCUACACAGUGGAGUUAACCGGCCCCGGACCCUGGGGUUUCAGACUGCAGGGAGGAAAAGACUUCAGCAUGCCGCUCACCAUCUCACGACUGACAGACAACGGUAAGGCGGCUAUUGCAGGUGUUGCGGUCGGUGACGCGGUCCUGUCCAUAGGGGACGUGAAAACAGAGCAGCUGAAUCAUCUGGAGGCUCAGAGCAAAGUCAAGGAAUGUAAAGGCAACCUGAAACUCUCCCUGCAGAGAGCAGCCAGUGUUCCCAAACCCAGUGCACCGCUGAAGACAACUACAGUUAUAACAAACAUUAGUGCUCUGACCACCAAGCCUUCAGUGAACAGGGUGAUCCGUCAGCCUAUCAUACAGACAGAUAUCGGGUUCUACCACGAGGCCUCUCAUGCUGAUGCGAGCAGGAAACGAAUCAUGGAGGACACGGAGGACUGGAGACCCAGGACAGGGACGUCCCAGUCUCGCUCAUUCCAGAUCCUCGCCCAAAUCACUGGCACUGAGGCUGUUCCAGGAGAGAUGAUCUCGAGCAAGAAAGGUCAAGUCAAAGAGACAAAGAAGAUUAAAGUCGGGCCACAGUACCAUAAACUGAGAGACUGGCACCAUGGCGUUUCUGCUCAAACCCUCAACGUCCUCAGUCUUGUGUAGUGUGUGUGUGUGUAAUUGUGUGUGUAUGUGUUCCUGAUGUGUGUGUAACUCUCACUGCAUUUAACUUAAUUUGAGAAUUGUGAAGUCUGAUCUAAAUGCCUCGGGUGCACUAGAGGGCGUGUCUUAACUUCCUGCUUGUGUGUGUGUGUGUGUGUGUGUAGUUUGUCGUACAGGUUGUAAGGAGUGUUUAGUGUGAAUUAGUGUAGUAUCAACAUGAGGAGAAAACCUCUCCACAUUAGCCGUGAUGCGCUAACUCACGGCGGUUCGGCUCGGUUAGCGUUAUGAGUUCCAGUCGAUCCUGAGGUACAGACUCGCUGUGUCUCACUAUAAGAUUAACAUCUCACUCAGUCUGGGUUUAUUACAGUCAAACUGUUGCCAAAUUAUCCAGCGUUAGAUCACAAGUUUAGCGAGACAGCUAACCCUGUGUGGAUGUUUGUUAGCUUAGCUACCUAGCUCAAUGGAGACUCGCGCGCGCACUCUUUGGAGCUGCGAUGAUGUGAUGAAGAUCUUGAAGACAUUGUGUUGUGUACUAACUGACUGGCGUUGGAAAUGUGUGUGUUGGAUUAGCGGGGGAUUAGCCAGCUUUCCUCAUGACCUGAAGAGAAGUGAGCGUCGCUCACACGAGGCAUGGCUAACGGAUAUAUAGCUGAAUAGCAAGCUAGCAUGUAGUUAGCUGAGCUCACUGUACAAAAUAAAAAGGACAAUUGAUUAAAUAAGUAAAGGCAUUGCUGUACGACGUGUGUGUGUGUGUGUGUAAAUAGUUGUGCUCAUAUAUAGUAUAGAGUUUAUAUAUAUAUAUAUAUUUCUGGCUGAUAGUUAUGAGUGCUACAUGCUAGCUGUAACCUCUGUGUUAAUCCUUAGCUUUUGAUGAUGAACCUGAUUUUUUGAAAUGUUUUGAUGUUUGUUUGGUUUCUUUCUGUGAUUAAGUGCAAUAAACUAGUG